AUGUCGGACGCCUUCCAGGAGCUCGCUGAUAUCCCCAAGGACUUUGUCAAGGAUGGCAUGCUCUUUGUGAACCGAUGCACAAAGCCCGAUAAGCGCGAGUUCCUCAAGAUCAGCCAGGCCGUAGGAUUCGGCUUCCUCAUCAUGGGAGCCAUUGGAUACUUUAUCAAGCUGAUACACAUUCCCGUUAACAACAUUCUUGUUGGAGGCGCAUAG